GGUGGGACUCGAGCAACCACAGCCUCAUCAGAGCCCAUGCUGAAGACCAACCCGAGGACGCGGUGGUCGAAUCUGUCGGCACUGGCAAGGCACGCAUGCGAGGGCUGGUCGACCGCUCCGCCGUCUAUGCGGAGCCUCACCCCGAGAGAGUCGCCCUCUUCGGCUCGAAG